GAAACAAUGAGAAAUUUUUGGUUCUGGAACCAUCGUGAACUCGCCAGAUCGUAGAACUCUCUAGACUCUCAUCGCGAUCCCCCACUAUAAAAUUCAGUGCCUAGUAGUGCUACCUCAAGAAUCGAUUGCUAUUGGCAAUUCUCAUUGUUAGUUUUCCUGCUCGAAUCGCAUACCCUUUUCGUCUAUUUCUCACCCUCGUUGAUUUCUUACUCAUUUUUCCCGCCAUGGAGGACGAUUUUGAGUUUCCAUCUGCAAGCAAUGUGGACGAGGAAAUGGACAUGCCUGAGGAUGAAGCGGAGAGCCCGGUUCUGAAGGUUGGCGAGGAGAAGGAGAUUGGGAAGAAUGGGCUGAAGAAGAAACUUGUUAAAGAAGGUGAAGGAUGGGAAACUCCCGACACUGGUGAUGAAGUCGAAGUGCAUUAUACGGGAACCCUUCUUGAUGGGACUAAAUUUGAUUCCAGCCGUGACCGAGGAACGCCUUUCAAAUUCAAGCUCGGGGAAGGGCAAGUGAUUAAAGGAUGGGAUGAAGGUAUCAGAACUAUGAAGAAGGGUGAAAAUGCAGUAUUCACGAUACCCCCUGGAUUAGCCUAUGGAGAGUCCGGUUCUCCUCCAACCAUUCCACCGAAUGCUACUCUUCAAUUUGAUGUUGAGCUACUUUCAUGGCACAGCGUCAAAGAUAUCUGUCAAGAUGGAGGAAUCCUCAAAAAGAUUCUCGUCAAAGGAGAUGGGUGGGAUAAACCGAAGGAUCUAGACGAAGUCAUGGUUCAUUACGAGGCUCGCCGUGAAGAUGGUACGCUAAUCUCGAAGUGUAAUGGGGUUGAAUUCAUCGUUGAAAAUGGCUACUUCUGCCCUGCUUUGGCAACAGCUGUGAAAACGAUGAAGAAGGGAGAGAAGGCGUUGUUAACCGUGAGGCCUCAAUAUGGGUUUGGGGAGUCCGGUAGGCCUGCGGUGGGAGAAGAAGGUGUUGUGCCUCCUAAUGCCACACUUCAGAUAACCCUUGAAUUGGUUUCUUGGAAAACUGUUAUAGACAUCACUAAAGAUAAGAAAGUCCUGAAGAAGACUUUAAAGGAGGGAGAAGGAUAUGAACAACCAAAUGAUGGAGCAGAGGUGCAAGUGAAACUCAUCGGUAAACUAGCUGAUGGGACGAUCUUUGCCAAGAAGGGCAAUGACGAGAAGCCUUUUGAGUUCAAAACUGAUGAAGAACAAGUCAUUGAAGGACUCGAUUUGGCUGUGAAAAAAAUGAAGAAGGGAGAAGUUGCCAUGGUGACUAUCCAUCCCAAGUAUGCUUUUGGGUCUUCCGAUUCAUCUCAAGAUCUUGCUGUGGUUCCUGCAAACUCAACUGUUCAUUACGAAGUUGAGCUUGUCUCAUUUGUCAAAGAAAAAGAAUCUUUCGAUCUGAAAACAGCGGAAGAGAAAAUAGAAGCAGCAGGGAGAAAGAAGGAAGAGGGAAACGUAUUGUUCAAAGCUGGUAAGUAUGCCAGAGCAUCAAGCAGAUAUGAAAAGGCUGUGCGUUACAUUGAAUAUGAUACCUCCUUCAACGAUGAGGAGAAGCAACAGUGCAAGGCACUAAAGAUUUUGUGCAAUCUAAACAAUGCUGCUUGCAAAUUGAAAGUCAAGGACCACAGGCAAGCAGAAAAGCUCUGUUCAAAGGUGUUGGAACUUGACAGUAGAAAUGUGAAAGCUCUAUAUAGAAGGGCUCAAGCAUAUAUUCAACUCGUUGAUCUUGAUCUUGCUGAGCAGGACCUCAAGAAAGCCCUUGAGAUUGACCCUGAAAACAGACAAGUGAAGAUUGAAUAUCGACAUUUGAAGGAGAAAGUAAGGGAAUACAACAAGAGAGAUGCACAAUUUUAUGGCAACAUCUUUGCAAAAAUGAGCAAGUUGGAGUCAGGGAAGGCUGCCAGUUCAGCGGUGAAGCAGGAGGCAGUGCCAAUGACCAUUGAUAGCAAAGCUUAGUGGCCAUGGUUGAUACUCAGCUACUCAAACUUCAUAUCACUAAUGCAUAAUGAAUGUUGCGUCGUCUAUGUAGAAUACAGCGUUGUAGUAGUUGUGUUGUUUACACUUUUGGUGUGUCAUAUGUUAGUGUUGAAGGAUGUUUGUUCAUUUUCCUCUCAGAAAGGGGAGUUAAUAAAUAUUCCUUUCAUGAUCCGUAUACUUUAGUCUGCUUGCUUUUGACCA